CGUGAAAAAAAUUCACGCACUCACGUGAUUUCAGAAAUGAUCACUAGUAACGCAAUUGCUUCGAUCACACUGCCGAGCUUGAGUUGUAUGACUAGCGAAAAAAUCGUAAAUGCAUCUCAAACCAUACCAGCUGAAGUACCAGCAUUCCCUCAACCAAAUAAGACGGUCAUCCCAUAUGAUGCUCGUGCUCCCUAUAUCAAUGUGGCUCUGAAAGAAUAUCCAUACCUAUCCCUAUUUAAUAGUGACAUACAUAAUGAUGGAUAUGAGUUUAAAAAUUCGGGAUUAUGUCCUAGAUGUGGAAAAGAGCAUAAUAAAGGAAAG